AGUCCUGGCGCCCGGCCCCCCGGGGGGCGCUCGGGGAGGGUCCCGGACCCCCGCCCCGGAGGUUAGGAGCGCAGACCCCGGAGUCCGGGCGAUGGGGUUCCCUAGGCCCCCCCGAGGGCACCCCGCUCCCCCCUCUCCCCGUUUCCGUAAGCCCCUGGGUGGCCGAGGGAAGGGAGUGAAGUCCGUGGACAGGUGACGCGGGGUGGGUGGCCGAGCCCGGGAGGGGCUCGCCAGCCGCACAGGUGAGGCCCUGCCCGGCUCGGCCCAGCGCGGACAGGUGGAGGCGCUGGCCAUGUGGCCUCUCGCGCGAGGGACAGGUGUGCGCGGCGAGGGUCAGGUUAGAGAAGACAGGAGUAAACUCGCUGUGGAAAAUCCAACGGCCUGAUAGGGUAACGGGCUUACCUUUAUUAAGCUCUUCACUUAGGGGAUGGGGUUUCUCCCCCAAAUGCUCAGAAAUUGCCCCCACCGUCCCCAAGGGUACGUUAAAAUGGUAGGAGUGUGACAUCAGUGACACAUGGACCCGUCUACGUGAUUAAAGCCACCAACACAACACCACGUUUGCUUAAGCCACUUCCCUAAAAUCCGGAUUCACCAGGUCAGAGGAUCUGGGCCCUACAAUUAACGUGUCCAGAUCAUCCCUCAAAUAAGUGGGGGGGCCUCGCCUCCGCUGCCUGACCUCACACGCCCAAGAGAAGACAGAAGAAGUGACUGGUCUGCUGGAGGUCUGGAAUGUUCUCGUCCUCUGUGCUGUGUGUUGCUCGUGGGUGUGCCUGGCUGUCAGGCACCCGUUAGCGGCUGAAGGAAGACAGAGGGUGUACUAGACUUGACUGCCCUUGAGGAAUUCACAGUCCAGUGAAGGAGGAAGGAGAAAUGGAGGUGUCAGAAAUGGCCGAAGACGGGAGUGAGGAGAUCAUGUUCAUCUGGUGUGAGGACUGUAGCCAGUACCACGACUCCGAAUGUCCUGAGCUGGGCCCCGUGGUCAUGGUCAAAGACUCCUUUGUGUUAAGCAGGGCAAGAUCAUCCCUUCCCUCCAACCUGGAGAUCCGGCGACUAGAGGACGGGGCUGAGGGAGUGUUUGCCGUGACUCAGCUCGUCAAGCGAACGCAGUUUGGUCCGUUUGAGUCGAGGAGAGUUGCCAAGUGGGAGAAGGAAUCGGCUUUUCCGCUGAAGGUGUUCCAGAAGGACGGGCACCCCGUGUGCUUCGACACGUCCAGCGAGGACGACUGUAACUGGAUGAUGCUGGUGCGGCCGGCGGCGGGGCCCGAGCACCAGAACCUGACCGCCUACCAGCACGGCGACGACGUCUACUUCACCACCUCCAGGGACAUCCCCCCCGGCGCGGAGCUGCGCGUGUGGUACGCGGCCUUUUAUGCCAAGAAGAUGGACAAGCCCAUGCUGAAGCAGGCCUGCUCCGGCGCCCACGCUGCAGGCAGCCCCGGAGGCGGCGCCACGGUGGAGCGGGAGCCCAGCCAGUGGGCGUGCAAGGUGUGUUCUUCCACCUUCCUGGAGCUGCAGCUCCUGAACGAGCAUCUGCUGGGUCACCUGGAACAAGCCAAAAGCCUUCCCCCGGCCGGCCAGCACGAAGCCGCUCCCGAGAAGGAAGCAGACGUGCCCCGGGGGGAGCCUCCUGCAGUGCCCAAGAGUGUCAGUGCCACCAAAGAGCAGAAGAAAAAGCCUCGAAGAGGGAGAAAACCCAAAGCAUCAAAACCUGAGCAACCACUAGACAUUAUAGAAGGCAAGGAGCCAGCAGAGCAAGUGGCGGAGAUCGUCACCGAGGUCCCUCCGGAUGAGCCAGCGACGGCGGCACCGGACGAGAGGAUCAUGGAGCUGGUUCUGGGGAAGCUGGCCACCACCACCGGUGACGCCGCUUCAGUGCCAAAGUUCCCGCAUCAUCCGAGCACCGCCAUCACCCUCAAGAGGAGUCUCAUUCUGUCGAGCCGGCACGGCAUCCGCAGGAAGCUCGUCAGGCAGCUGGGGGAGCACAGGCGGGUGUACCAGUGCAGCGUCUGCAGCAAGAUCUUCCAGAACAGCAGCAACCUGAGCAGGCACGUGCGCUCGCACGGUGACAAGCUGUUUAAAUGUGAGGAAUGUGCCAAGUUGUUCAGCCGCAAGGAGAGUCUGAAGCAGCACGUCUCCUACAAGCACAGCAGGAACGAGGUGGACAGUGAGUACAGGUACCGCUGCGGCACCUGCGAGAAGACGUUCCGCAUCGAGAGCGCCCUCGAGUUCCACAACUGCAGGACAGAUGACAAGACGUUCCAAUGUGAGAUGUGUUUCAGAUUCUUCUCCACCAACAGUAACCUCUCCAAGCACAAGAAGAAGCACGGGGACAAGAAGUUUGCUUGUGAGGUCUGCAACAAAAUGUUCUACCGCAAGGACGUCAUGCUCGACCACCAGCGGAGGCACCUGGAAGGAGUGCGGCGGGUAAAGAGGGAGGACCUGGACGCCGGCGGCGAGAACCUGGUCCGCUACAAGAAGGAGCCCUCGGGAUGCCCCGUGUGUGGCAAGGUGUUCUCCUGCAGAAGCAACAUGAACAAGCACCUGCUGACCCACGGCGACAAGAAGUACACCUGCGAGAUCUGCGGCCGCAAGUUCUUCCGCGUGGACGUGCUCAGGGACCACAUCCACGUCCACUUCAAGGACAUUGCGCUGAUGGACGACCACCAGAGGGAGGAGUUUAUCGGCAAGAUCGGCAUCUCCUCGGAGGAGAACGAUGACAAUUCGGACGCCAGCGCGGACUCCGAGCCUCACAAGUACAGCUGCAAGCGGUGCCAGCUCACCUUCGGCCGCGGGAAGGAGUACCUGAAGCACAUCAUGGAGGUGCACAAGGAGAAGGGCUACGGCUGCAGCAUCUGCAACCGCCGCUUCGCCCUGAAGGCCACCUACCACGCCCACAUGGUCAUCCACCGGGAGAACCUGCCGGACCCCAACGUGCAGAAGUACAUCCACCCGUGCGAGAUCUGCGGGCGCAUCUUCAACAGCAUCGGGAACUUGGAGCGGCACAAGCUCAUCCACACAGGGGUGAAGAGCCACGCCUGCGAGCAGUGCGGGAAGUCCUUCGCGCGGAAGGACAUGCUGAAGGAGCACAUGCGCGUGCACGACAACAUCCGCGAGUACCUGUGCGCCGAGUGCGGGAAAGGUACGCGGGCGCCGGGCGGGGGGCGCGGCGUCACCGGGCCGGGCGGGGUGAGGGCGCCGGGACACAGGCAGCGCAGGGCGUCCGCGAUGGACUUGAGGCACAAACACACGCGUGAGCCGCUGCUGGUGAGCCCCGGGAAGCCAGCCGGGCAGGAUGUGUCUCCCCCUCCUGGACUUGGCCGUCUAGGGUGGGAGACCGAGGGAAGAGCAGGAGGUGGACGAGAGGUAGAGCCGCCACAGGAAGCACAGCACGCAGAGGAGGUGACCCCAGACGGCAGAGAACGUGGCGGGGUCUUGGGGAUGCCUGGGCGAGCUCUGCUGUGGCUGUUCGUGCUGCUGCUGACACCAGGCUGCAAAAAAAAAAAAAAAAAAAAAGGGAGAAAAGAGACAGGUGCACCCCUCUCCCCCCCGCCCCCCGUGUGUAAGAGCGUCACAGAAAACUUGAAACGCGGGGAGACGGGGGUGAGGGAAGGAAGGGCCGGGGCCAGACGGCGCCGAGCCGGGCUGGGUCAAAAUGACCGAAUCGGCUGCCGGCGCGGCGUCCCCUGGCUCACCACCCGUGCUCGCUCGCAGGUCCUGGCCGUGAGGAUCGAUGAUCUGGACCACCUCCCGGAGACCACCACCAUCGAUGCCUCCUCCAUCGGCAUCGUCCAGCCUGAGCUGAGUCUGGAGCAGGAGGAGCUGGCCGAGGGCAAGCACGCGAAAGCUGCCAGGAGGGCCCACAAGAGGAAGCAGAAGCCGGAGGCGGAGGCGGCCGGCGCCCCGGUGCCCGAGGAGGGCGCCUUCAGCGAGUACUCGGAGAAGGAGCCCGUGCUGUCCGGCGUGGGUGACGAGACCGACUCUGCGGUGCAGAGCAUCCAGCAGGUGGUAGUGACGCUGGGGGACCCAAACGUGACCACUCCGUCGAGCUCCGUCGGCUUGACCAACAUCACCGUGACCCCCAUCACCACUGCAGCCGGGACUCAGUUUACCAACCUCCAGCCCGUGGCUGUCGGGCACCUGAGCACCCCGGAGCGCCAGCUACAGCUGGACAACUCGAUCCUGACCGUGACCUUUGACACCGUGAGCGGCUCUGCCAUGUUGCACAACCGCCAAAACGACAUCCAGAUCCACCCGCAGCCGGAAGCUUCGAACCCGCAGUCCGUGGCGCACUUCAUCAACCUGACUACCCUGGUCAACUCCAUCACGCCCCUGGGGAACCAGCUCGGCGACCAGCACCCGCUCACGUGGCGGGCGGUGCCCCAGACGGACGUCCUGCCCGCGCCCCAGCCGUCCGCGCCCCAGCCGCCCGCGCCCCAGCCCCAGGUGCCGGCCGAGCCCCAGCAGCACAUGUACAGCUACUGAGCCAGAGCGCCAAGAACUCACGAGGAGCCCUGCCCACAGGUGCUCUUGCUUAUUUUUGAGAUUUGUCUGCUGGAUACCAAACCGAGAGAAAAACAUCGUCCUUCAGGUGUAAGUGAGGUUGACUCAGCUUUGCGGAAUUGUCUCCAGACCCCCCCCCUCCCCCCCCCACCCCGGCUAGCACUGCCAUCUGAUAGCGUGCCUGGAGGGGGGUGACUCCUGGCAGGUGGCAGCAUGUGUGAGCGGCUCAGCCUGUGCCCGGCAAGGCCGCGUGUCACCCGCCUCCCCUAACAGAACUGGUUGGUGGACACGGGGUCCGGGCAAGCGAGGCGAGCAGGGGCCGAGAGGUGAGUGAUACGUUACGAGGAGCAGAGUGGCCCGCUGGUGUCCUUUCGGGCCUCACUCGCUGCGUCAGCACAGAGAACGGGUUCCCACGGGGCCACCGGCUGCAAGGAAACGCCAUUUGCGCCUCCCUUCCGGCUGUUUCUGGCGAAUGAGCAGAUAGAAGUUAAAGUAACGUUUGUUUUCUUCUUGGAGAUCUGAGUUGAGUCCAACUCGAUGCACGCAACUUUGGGCCGAAGACCCGUGAGGAGGUGUUCCGUGGCUGCGGACGACCCCCCUCUGGCCUUAUGAUGGGUGAGGGGUCCCCGGAGGUCACUGACUCGGGCCCGAAAGGCCUCUUUGUAACAUAACGCGUGGAUUCACUUUUAGUCUCAGCUUUCGUUUUUUUAACUUUAUCUCAAGCACAUAUUACGUAUCCGGUGCGCCGUCAUGGCCACGUCGUUCUUGAUUUUGACACGCUAAAGUCGUUUGCACUGUAGGAGUGUCGGUCCACGUCCAGUUCUGCGCCGGUGCCCGAACACAGGGGACACCCCACUGUGUGGGACAAGUCGGCCCUGUGCCGUCCCCUCUGGUGGCUCCCGCAGAGCCGUGUCGGGAUCCGCCGCCAUCCAACUAUAUUUAUUACGGCUGAGGCUCAGCCAGAGCCACCGAAGAGCAGGGAGGAAAGUCAUGUUUUCUUUCUGUGGCAACUUCAGUCCAAAGGUUGAUCUGCUUCAGGACCAACUUCCGAUAAAAAUAUUGCAGGAGGUUUGGCUCUUUACAAUGGAAAAGUGUAGGUUUUUCUGAAGCACACAGAUACGGCCAUUUGCUGCCGGGCGGUCGUGAAAGCAGAGGCGGUCCGUUCGUCAGUAGGAGCGUUAAUGGCCUUCGUGCUCGCACGUGCCGAGUAAGCGCCAUCCCCGCGUCCCCGGCGCACACGCUGUCACACGCCGCGUCCCCGGUGUGUCAGAGGUGGUGGUGGGCCAGGCUCACGUGAGCCCGCUGCUCAGCCGGGGAACCAGAGGCGCAGCAGGUUUUAGCCUCCUGAGACUUUUUAAUGCUGUGCAAAAUGAAAUGAUACGUCUGCCUUGCUGCGGCCUUGAUCGCUCUUUGUCACGCAUCCCGUGUUAUUUGGGAGACCACCUUGAAGAAAGAGUGACACGUCAGUAGUGGACCCGUGAGGCAGGAGGCGUCUAGGGCCGCCAGGGAGGCCAAGGGCCACUCCUUCUGCAAAAUGCAGCGUCCUCAGCAUUUCCCUUGAUUCCGAGUCGUGAGAUCUUGAGGACGGGGCUCGAAUUCGUAUCGUGCAAUACCUGUCUCCAGAACUAAGGACCUCCCGUCACCCACGCGGCACGUAAGAGCGUCCCCAGAGUCCGCACCGUGGACACAGCUCGGUCACACUCCCGUCUCCUGCCUGCAGUUGAAUUAAUAGUGGGAGAUUAUUUGACUCUUUAAUUUAUGAUAAUUAUUUUUAUGUUAUUUAUGUAUAUAAUUAACUGCUUUAUACACAAUAAUCCAUCAAACGAACUAGGGCUAGGAGUGAUAUAUUUUCUCAAAUCCUGUCCUCAUCCUCCAAAUGUAAGCGGUCCGGGUCCCAUGGUGUCAUCAAGAGUACCGAGGUUCCUAAUGUAUUUAAAAAAAAAAAGAAAAAAAAAAUCACUGACAGUUUUUUUUUUUUUUUUGACCAAGUGAAAAUACAAACAGGAUGAAACCUCUUUUAGCCUUUAUCUCCUGUUCCGCUUCCCUAUGAAAUAAAGGCCUUUUAAAUCACA